AUGCGUCGCACAAUUCUGCUGUGCUCUCUGUUCUCAUCAAUCUCCCUCGCUGCCGCUCUCUCGCCCUUGGACAUCUUCCGCGGCAACCCCUCAUCCCCGUCAGAUUCUCUGGUUGUCCACCUCGACCACGACCAAAAGGCGAUGAACCCAGGGCCAGUGCAGCGCGGGGACUGCCCUGGACAACCCGAUGGGAAUGUCGACGACAAUACCCUUUCGAUCUCCGAUAUCCUCCCACAAACCCGCAAGAUCAAUAUCUUUGCGUCCCUGACACGCGACAUCUCCACCGUCACCGCCCGGCUAGAAUCCACCAGGCCAGAAGAUAAUACCACCCUUCUGGCUCCAUUGAACAGUGCGAUGCAAGAGCUUCCUCGCAAGCCAUGGGAAGACAGACCGGGCGAUGAUUCAGGUGUUGAUGCCGAGAGAGACGAGGACAAAGCGGCCCGAAAUUUGCAACGAUUUGUCGAGGAGCAUGUUAUUCCUGUGAGUCCUUGGAAGCGAGGAAAGUCGAAUAAAAUCAAGACAUUAGGUGGACAAGAACUGUGGUGGGAAGAGAAUGAUGACGGGAACCGAGUUAUCAAUCCCGGCAAUUUGAUCGUUGAGGGUGUUGUAGGAAGAGUUGGCAAUGGGGAGAUUUGGGCUGUCAAGGGGGUCGUCAACUACGUAUGA